CUAUUAGAUAAGAGCGCUUCUCUCCACACUUCACCAGCGUCUAACAGAAGCGGAAAGAGGAGGAUAGAGGAGACUCUUCAUCUACUGCCGCUUCCACGAGGAGAGACACAUAUAUAGCCUAGACGUCAAGCAGCUCUAAAGGCGAUAGCCUACGUGAAGGAGAAUUUACCUGGGGACAUCUGUAGGAACGAAGUCAACUGAUGGUGCUUUGAAUUUGUCAAGGUGAAACGAAGAACCUUUCUUCAAGCACCCACAGCAGAGAUGCUCCCGAGUCCUGUGACCUCAACUCCGUUCUCGGUUAAAGACAUCCUCAAACUGGAACAGCAACAUGCUCUGAACCCCGACGGAUUGAUGGGUGUUGAGCAGGACACUGUCCCGCUGCAGUCGCUUCAGCUUCAGUGCAUGCAGAGCACACUGAGCCGGAGCCUGGAGCUCCUCUACAGCCCCGACAAACACAGCGUGACCGCCGGGGAACAGGUGAAGUGCGCCCUCGACUCAGACCACUUCGACAUCGUCAGAAGCUCCUGCGGUUCUCCGACGGAGGAGGAGAUGGAUCCGAGCGAAGAAACAAGUAUGUGUCCAUUUGACGAUUCCGGUUAUAAUGGUAGAAAAGAGGAAACACCGGGGGAGAAACCGAAGCAGAGGCUGCGCAGGAAACCUCGAGUGCUCUUCUCUCAGACUCAGGUGUUUGAGCUGGAAAGACGCUUCAAGCAGCAGAGAUACCUGUCAGCACCCGAGCGGGACCACCUGGCCCACGUGCUGAAGCUCACCUCAACACAGGUCAAAAUCUGGUUCCAGAACCGGAGGUACAAGUGUAAGAGACAGCGGCAGGACAGAAGUCUGGAGCUGGCCGGCCCACGGAGGGUGGCGGUGCCCGUGCUGGUGCGAGACGGAAAACCCUGUCACGCAGCUCCGUACAACGUCACUGUGUCAUAUCCCUACAAUAACUAUUACAACAGCUAUGGAAAUAACCCAUACCACUGUAACUUCACUUCUGUACCACCGUUUACCAACACAAGUCAAAUACCCAACCACUUUGUGGAUCUGAAUUUGACGACGGGAGGAGUGGAUGGGAUCAGGACUUGGUGACACCAUGGCACCAGUCCUAAAAGAGAAGAGUUUGGAUUAAGACUAUUUAACCGAAUGGCACUGCUGAGGAACAUACACUGUCAUAUCAUAUAAACUGUUGUCUGAUUUUAUAUAUAUUGUUGUUUUUAUAUUUGUGGUUUACACAACAAGCAACACCAAAUAAAAACUAAAUAUUUAAUAACA